CGCCGCCCCUCCGCGCUCCGCCGCCCGGCCAUGCGCGCCCGCUGAGCCGCAGCAGAGGCGGCCGCCCUGCGCUCCGCUCCCGCUUUUGAUUUUUCCUGCUGUCUUCGUUGGGGUUCUGUGUUGGUUUUUGCGUUCGCGUGACGCCCCCCGCGGGCGCGGGGCGGCGGCGAUGGGCGCGGCGGCGGGCGGGCGCUCCGCGGGGCGCUGAGCGGGCGCGCAGCGGGCGCGGGCCGCGCCAUGGCCGCCAAGGACAAUCCCUGCAGGAAGUUCCAGGCCAACAUCUUCAACAAGAGCAAGUGCCAGAACUGCUUCAAGCCCCGCGAGUCCCACCUGCUCAACGACGAGGACCUCAACCAGGCCAAACCCAUUUAUGGUGGCUGGCUGCUGCUGGCCCCGGAAGGAACGGACUUUGACAACCCCGUCCAUCGCUCCCGGAAAUGGCAGCGUCGGUUCUUCAUCCUCUACGAGCACGGGCUGCUGCGCUAUGCCCUCGACGAGAUGCCGACCACCCUCCCGCAGGGCACCAUCAACAUGAACCAGUGCACGGAUGUGGUGGAUGGGGAGAGCCGGACAGGGCAGAAGUUCUCCUUGUGCAUCCUGACACCAGAGAAGGAGCAUUUCAUCCGGGCAGAGAACAAGGAGAUCAUCAGUGGGUGGCUGGAGAUGCUGAUUGUCUAUCCCAGGACAAACAAGCAGAAUCAGAAGAAGAAGAGGAAGGUAGAGCCCCCAACUCCCCAGGAGCCUGGUCCUGCUAAGAUGGCUGUGACCAGCAGCAACAUUCCCAGUGCUGAGAAGGUCCCUGCCACCAAGUCCACGCUCUGGCAGGAAGAAAUGAGAGGCAAAGACCAAGCAGAUGGGGGCAGUAGCAUUGGCCCAGCCCAGAGCCCCAUGCAAGGCCAGGCUGGGGCUGCCAGCUCCAUGAAGGACCCCGUGCUGGACAGCAAGGAAGAGGAGAGCUCCAUGAACGGAGACCGGAUAGACUGCGGGCGGAAGACGCGUGUCGAGAGCGGGUACUUCUCCUUGGAGAAGACCAAACAGGACUCGAAGCUGGAAGAGCAGCAACUGCCACCCCCACCAAGCCCACCCAGCCCCAGCACCCCGAACAACAGGUACAGUUAUCCCAAAUCGCCCUCACAGGAGCAUGCCCAGCCCUUUCCUUCCCCAGGUAUCCGAUCAGGCGACCGAAUGAUUCACAGCUUCUCUCUGAACUCCUUGGACUCGAAGAGCAGUUGCCCCAUGCACAAGGACUCCAACAACAGAGAUGUAGGAAGGGGAGCUGAGAAAUCGGGGCGUCCCCUUUCUUUUAAAGCCAGCCGGCAGUACACCACCCUGGCCGACGUUCCCAAGGCCAUUAGGAUCAGUAAUCGUGAGGCCUUCCAGGUGGAGAGGAAGCGGCUAGAGCGGAGAACCCGGGCUCGUAGCCCUGGGAGAGAAGAAGUGGCCCGGCUCUUUGGGAAUGAGAGAAGGAGAUCCCAGGUGAUUGAGAAAUUCGAGGCACUGGAUAUUGAGAACGCGGAGCACAUGGAGACGAACGCGCCGGGCGGCGCUGCCCUGUCCAGCGAGACGCGGCAGGGCAGGAGCGAGAAGAGAGUUUUCCCACGGAAACGGGACUUCACUUGUGAAGGAGCAGCCGUGGGCUCCAUCCUGGACGUGUCUGCGUCACCUCUGUCCCCACACCGCCGGGCAAAGUCUCUGGACAGAAGGUCCACGGAGUCCUCUAUGACGCCCGACCUGCUGAACUUCAAGAAGGGCUGGUUGACAAAGCAGUACGAGGAUGGGCAGUGGAAGAAGCACUGGUUUGUGCUGACUGACCAGAGCCUGAGAUACUACCGGGAUUCAGUGGCAGAGGAGGCAGCUGACCUGGAUGGAGAAAUCGAUUUAUCCACAUGCUACGAUGUCACUGAGUACCCAGUUCAGCGGAACUACGGCUUCCAGAUCCAUACAAAGGAAGGGGAGUUCACCCUCUCUGCCAUGACGUCGGGCAUCCGCCGCAACUGGAUCCAGACCAUCAUGAAACACGUUCGCCCCACAACUGCUCCUGAUGUAACAAGCUCGCUGCCGGAAGAGAAAAGCAAAACAGGCUCUUCCUUCGAGACUGGUCCAAAGCCGAGCGAGAAGCCGGAUGCGGAACAAGCCGAGCUGGACACGGAGCAGAAGCGGAGCCGCGCCCGGGAACGCCGACGAGAAGGACGGUCCAAGACCUUUGACUGGGCUGAAUUUCGCCCCAUCCAGCAGGCCCUGGUGCAGGAGCGUGCGAACGCUGCAGACUCCUCCAGUAGCGGCUCGGCCGCCUUCCCCAGGGACACCGGAGCUGCCGACGCCGACCCCGGGGAGCUGGAGCGGGAGCGGGCCCGGCGGCGGGAGGAGCGGCGCAAGCGCUUCGAGAUGAUCGAUGCCGUGGACGGGGCAGGGUCAGAAGAGGCGCUGAGGAUGGAGGUGGACAGAAUCCUGCCUGUCCCAGCAGACAUCAAACCGCAGAACGUCCACGUGGAGAUCGAGCAGCGCUGGCACCAGGUGGAGACCACCCCACUGCGGGAGGAGAAGCAGAUCCCCAUCACGCCGCUGCACCUCGCCCACGCCGACGACCGGGAAGAGGGGCUGACGAAGCAGCACCUGACCACGCUGCUGGAGAAGGAGCUGGAGCAGAAGCAGAAGGAGGCCCUAGAGCUCCUGGAGCAGAACCGGCACCUGCAGGAUCAGCUGAAAGUGGCUCUGGGCCGGGAGCAGAGCGCCCGGGAGGGCUACGUGUUGCAGACCGAGGUGGCCACCUCGCCAUCAGGUGCCUGGCAGAGGCUCCACAAAGUCAACCAAGACCUCCAAAGCGAGCUGGAAGCCCAAUGCCAGCGUCAAGAGGUGAUCAAUCAGCAGAUUCAGUCGCUGAAGCGCAGCUACGCCGAGGCCAAGGACGUGAUCCGGCACCACGAGGCCGAGAUUCAGAGCCUGCAGGCGAGGCUCAGUAACGCGGCGGCUGAGCUCGCCAUCAAGGAGCAGACCCUGGCCAAGCUCAAGAGCGACCUGAGGAGCGAGAAGGAGAAAGCCAAAGAGCAGCUGGAGGAGUGGCAGCACGGCGAGGCCGCGCUCAGCUCCCAGCUGAAGGCCAGCGAGCAGAAGCUGAAGAGCGCGGAGGCUCUGCUGCUGGAGAAGACCCAGGAGCUGCGGGACCUGGAGAUGCAGCAGGCUCUGCAGCGGGACCACCAGAAGGAAGUGCAGCGGCUCCAGGACAGGAUCGCAGACCUCAGCGGGCAGCUGAAUGCCAGCGAGCAGGCGCGGGUCCUCAUGGAGGAGAAGCUGCAGAAGAACUAUGAGGCUUUGCUGGAGAGCUGCGAGAGGGAGAAGCAGGUUUUGAUACGGAGCCUGAAGGAGGUGGAGGACAAGGCCAACGAGUACGAGAAUCAGCUGCAGAACAGCGAGCAGCAAAUGGAGAUUCUGCAGAAGGAAAAGUUGAGCGCCAAGUUCGAAGGCAGCGAGCUCGUUCACCAGCUGGAGGAGCAGCUGGCCAUGAAGGAGGCCAGCAUCCAAAAACUUGCCGAGCACAUCGAGGAACUUGAAAGAGAGAGGGAUCAGAUCAAGUGCCGGUUCCACGAGCUCAUGAAUCAGGUGGCCGAGUCGGAUAACGAAGUUGCAAAGCUACAAGCAAAGUUGAAAAUGGAAGAGACCAACUACCACAAUCUGGAGCAGUCGUUCGAGGAGGUGUCGGAUCAGUUCCGGGGGGUGCAGGAGGUGCUGAAAGAGAAAGAAGAAGAGCUGAGACACGUUAAGGAAAUGCAUUUGAGAAUUGUGGAGAAGAAAGAUCAAGAUCUCAGUGAGGCUUUGGUUAAAGUGGUUGCUUUAGAUAGCAGUUUAGAGGAGACUAAAGUAAAGCUAAAGGCCAAGGAGGAGGCUUUAAAGAAAUUAGCUAGUGUGGGCACAGGUCCAUGUGCUGAGGAGGCAGAAGACCUUGGCCCCAGUCUUGAGGUGGAUGAAAGUCAUCCAUCCCAACUGGGGCAGGCUCUGCAAACUCAGGAUGUCCUCCCAGCUCUGACUUAUGCACUGAAGGAGGAGGAGGAUGAGGUUCUUGAUACCAGUCAGAGGCAAGUAGAGGAAUUUGGCUCCCCAUCGAAAGUUGUAGAGCUCCAGGACCAAGAGUUGGUUCAGAAAGCUUUAGCAAAGCCUGAUGUAGGAAUCAUGGGGGCCAAGAGGCAAAGGAUCCGUUUUUCAAGCAUCCAGUGUCAAAAAUACAUCCAUCCAGAUGGAUCAGAGAAAAACUGGACAAGCAGUACCUCUUCAGACACUAGCCAGGACAGAUCUCUGUCUGAAGAAAGCAUGUCCUCAGAGCCAGCUCUGGGUUACCCCUCAUCAGGGACGAGCGAUUCUGAGACUUAUCUCUCCAUCAUCCAUUCCCUGGAAACCAAACUGUAUAUCACAGAGGAAAAGCUUAAAGACGUGACGAUGAAGCUGGAAAGCCAGCACGGCCAUAACCAGGAGACACUCAUUGCCCUCCACCAUCAGUGGGCCAGCACGGAGUCCCAGCUGCGGGAACAGCUUCAGACCAGCUUGUCCCAAGUCAAUGCUUUGAUCUCACAGCUGGAGAGCGAGAGGCAGGAAAAGUUCAAGCUCAUAGAAAGUCACGUCAGUGAGCUGGGAGGUUUCCAGAUGAAAAACGAUCAAGCGCUGACUUGCUUAGAGAAGUGCAGGGAGCAGCUAAGAUCCUUGCCCAAAUCAGACAAGGAUAAAGAGGGGGAUUUGUUCCUUGUUACUCUGUCCAGCAUGGAAACAACUUUAUCUAACGCAAUCCAAGCCUUGAGCGGAGCGCCUGUCCCAUCAGAGUAUCAGCAGAGUGAAAGCCUCACCACGGUUAGCCCCGCUCCAGAAGGAGGGGAUUUAGAAGAGGAGGACAUCUCCAAGGAGCAGCAAGCAGAUGUGUUUGACACUGGCCAGCUGAGGUGGCUUUCUGAGAGGGUGGCAUUUGAGGCCUCUCUCAUCAACCAAAUAGCAGAGUCUUUGAAAAAUGCAAGCUCUGAGAUAGCCCAGCUUCUGAGAGAGAUCCAGGGAACAGCUGAGGUGGUUUUGUUGGAGCCAGCAAGUGUUUCUCAUACAGCCAAUGAUUUGGCCAGCAUCCUGUCUAAAAAGCUGCUGCUGGAAGGGGAGUUUUGGAGCAAGGUGGAGGAGCUGAGAGCACACUUGAGCACUAGAGAAGGAGAAGCUGAGGGCAAAUCAGAAACAACUUUGGGCAUUUCCCCGUGUUUUCUCAGUGCUGUAGCAGAUGCUACAUUGAUCAAGGCAGAACUUGGGUUUGUUGCAGAGAAAAUGAGAGAAUCUUUUCAUCAGAGGUUAAAAGCAAUUGAAGAAGAGCUCCAUAAUACCAAAACAGCUCUCCAGCAGCACAAGUGCAUGUUGGAGGAGAUCAUCAAAGCGUACAGGACUCCUGAGUUUGACAGAGUUAUGCACCAGAUUUCUGAAGCACUUGAAAUACAAAAAGAUGCUUCGGAAAGAACCCAGAUCUCUUGGGAUGGGAGCCGUCUCCAAAUGGUGCCGUGCCAGGAAUUAGCCAAGGUGGAGGAGACUGGCAGUGCCCCAGACCGUAGUAGUGAAGUUCUUGUUUCCAUUCAGGAAGAUCUUGCCCAGCAGCUAAAGGACAAAUCCAAUAUUCUGAAGGAGAUAUCUGUUGCCUUACUCUCUCUGCCUCCCGAGGAGGCCAUGAGAGACUGUCAGAAGCUCCUGAAGAUGUCCCAGAGUCUUUCCUACCAUUCGUGCAUGGGAGACCUGGAGCGUUAUUCGUCUUUGUUAGUCCACGAUGCCAUUGUUCAGGCUCAGGUUUGUUACGCCGCUUGCAAAGUCCGUCUGGAGCACGAGAGGGAGAUGAAGUCCUACAAGGAGUCCCUGCAGAGCAUGGAUGCACUGUGCCAGGAGCGUGUGAAGACAGUGUCUCUCCUGCGGGAUGAGUACGAGGAGCUGCUCAGGAAGCAGCAGGGCGAGUACAGCGAGGUGAUCGCCGUGCUGGAGAGGGAGAACGCUGACCUCAAGGCAAAGGUGUCCCAGCUGGACAACCAGCGGAGGCUCUUGGAGGAGGAAGGGCACGAGCACAGCAAGAGCUUGAGCGAGCUGCAGGGGCGGUACGAGGAGGAGAUCCGAAACGUGAUCGAGCAGCUCAACAGGACGGAGGAUGCCCUCAAGGCCGAGAGGGUGGAGGGGCUCAACCAGCUGGACGCCGUUGUCCGCGACAAGCAGAACAUGGAGCAGUAUCACCUGGAGCAGAUGCAAACGCUGGAGGAGAAGUUCCAGGCCAAGAUCAAGGAGCUGCAGGUCAUCCACAGCGAGGAGCUGCAGGCACUGCAGGACCACUACAGCCAGAACCUGCAGCGCCUGCAAGAGACCCUUGAUGAGUACCAGAGGCAGCACCCAGAGGCGUCCCCCGCGGUGGCCCCGGGCGCUGGGGACACCUGGGCAGCCGGUGAGGCGGGUGGCACUGGGCAGGACCCCGGCAAUGACCCGGACUCCAUGCACGGCCUGAGGGAACGCAUCCAGGAGCUGGAGGCCCAGAUGAAUGUCAUGAGGGAUGAGCUGGAGAACAAACAUCUGGAGGGGAACGCUUCCACUUUGAGGGAAAAAUACCAGAAAGACUUUGAAAACCUAAAGGCAACAUGUGAGAGGGGCUUUGCAGCCAUGGAGGAGACGCACCAGAAGAAGAUCGAGGACCUGCAGCGGCAGCACCAGCGGGAGCUGGAGAAGCUGCGGGAGGAGAAGGAUCGCCUGCUGGCAGAGGAAACGGCUGCCACCAUCUCAGCCAUCGAAGCCAUGAAGAACGCGCACCGGGAGGAGCUGGAGCGGGAGCUGGAGAAGUCCCAGCGCUCCCAGAUCAGCAGCGUCAACGCCGACAUCGAGGCCCUCCGAAGGCAGUACCUGGAGGAGCUGCAGUCGGUGCAGCGGGAGCUGGAGGUGCUUUCGGAGCAGUAUUCCCAGAAGUGUUUGGAGAACGCCCACCUGGCGCAGGCGCUGGAGGCUGAGAGGCAGGCCCUCCGCCAGUGCCAGCGGGAGAACCAGGAGCUCAACGCCCACAACCAGGAGCUGAAUAACCGCCUGGCUGCGGAGAUCACGCGACUGCGGACCCUGCUGACCGGGGAGGGCGGGGGAGAGGCUGCUGGGUCGCCUCUCACGCAGGGCAAGGACGCCUACGAGCUGGAGGUCCUGCUGCGGGUGAAAGAAUCUGAAAUCCAGUACCUGAAGCAGGAGAUCAGCUCCCUCAAAGACGAGCUGCAGACAGCACUGAGGGAUAAGAAAUACGCCAGCGACAAGUACAAAGACAUCUACACGGAGCUGAGCAUCGUGAAGGCCAAGGCAGACUGUGAUAUCAGCAGGUUGAAAGAGCAGCUGAAAGCAGCCACAGAAGCUCAGGGAGAGAAAUCCCCUGUGAACACCACUGUAUCGGGAUAUGAUAUUAUGAAAUCAAAAAGCAACCCUGAUUUCUUGAAGAAAGACAGAUCCAGUGUUAGCCGGCAACUAAGGAAUAUCAGGUCAAAGAGUCUGAAGGAAGGCCUGACUGUGCAAGAACGCCUGAAGCUUUUUGAAUCCAGGGACUUGAAGAAAGACUAGUUCUCCCCGCUCCGCUUGACCACGCGCACCUCCCAGCUUGAGGCAGCACAGCACCAGCACCGUUUGUCUCUCGUUCCUUACGAUGUCCUCGCUGUCGUUCGUCCUGACGCCCCGACGGGACCCGGCGCCGCGGUGGCGGUGCCCCCCUCGCCUCCCUGGCUCCUUUCCCUGCUUGUGAGAUGCUCCAGAGACUCUGAGAGGGAGAGGAAGGGAUUGGAGUGGGGUUUUCCCCCCCCCUCUCUUCGGCGCUUUGUAGGAGAAUCCUUUCUUUACUGUAAACCAUUACACUAAGUGUCAGUAUUAAGGCUCAGUAGCCUGUUAAUAAGCUAUAGCUCUGUCGGGAAGAGCGAGCAGGGCCUGGGUGGUGUCAGCCAGACCGAGCUCUUACUGCUGUCUAGAGACCCCGUGCUCAGAGCACACCAGGAGCCUGAUCUAACCAUUGAUCUCGACUGCAUUACUUGCACCUACAAGGGGGGAAAGCCGGGGGAAGCUGUCGCGUCCGCAGCCUGGAGGUACAACACUGACAUCUCGCUGGAGAAGGAUGCAAGAAGUGAUUCUCCUGCCCCGUGACUGUGCCGUAUCCUGAAUGUAGGUGCCACCGAAGCCUGGCAAGCUUUGGUGGCUGCCCAGGUGGUUAUGGAUGGGGAGCUGCAGCUACUGAAGUGCACCAUCGAGUCGGCCCCGUCGGCGCGUCCUCGCUCCCGUCUCGCUGGUGGUCGGAGUUGGUGCUCCAGGGGCCGAGCUGUAAGAUCACUUUCUUGCCUCUGUUAGAUCAAGCCCAGCACUCUUUUUUUUUUUUUUUUUUUUUUUUUUUUUUUUUUUUGCUGUUACUCCCUUCCUCUCAUUGAAUCCCGUGUAUCCCAGGGUCUGUGCGCAUGUGAAACUCCCUUUUCCUAGUCAAAGGAAAGUAGAGUAGAAAGUAGAGCCAAUAUUGACUGAAAAUGCACAGUGCUCAAUGCAUAUAAUGCUCCUUUUUUACCAGCUUCUUGAAUUCAACUCUUCUUGUCAGCAGGGCAGCUCCUAUUUUAAUUCUUUAAUCUUUUCCUGAAAUAAAGAUCUCAAAACCA